CUCCUGCUACAGGAAAGCAGCCUCCCAUCUAUGUGAAAGGAAGAUGCUCUGCAGCCACCCAGCAGGAUGCACACCUUGGCAGACCCGAUUUGUGCUCUGCCCAGUGCAGCAGGGCCAUGUGAGUCAUUCGGCUCCCAUUCACACCCACUAUGAAUAACAGCAGAGCUUAAAAACUACUGAUCUAUUUUGACUUUCAUUUCAGGAAAAUAUCAAAAGGUAUUUCCUAGGGAAAUAGGUGUCUUGUUCGCAGCAGUUACAAUGCCAGCUAUGUGCAGAGCAGUAAGUAUUCACUUCCAGAGUUUUAAAAAGUUAAAGCUAUCCAACUAGAAAAGCAAGCCCCAAAACUGAAAAAUGUCAACAAGGGCCUUUAGUCAAGGAGCUCUUUGUCAGGAAAAUGGCAUUUGGCUCUCUUUCAAGAAAAAAGACGGGGAUUUUCUAAGCCUCUGGCUUGUGCACCUUUGUACAGUUACGUGUGUACACUCGGAAGGAGUGUUCCUGUUUGUCCCUUAAAUGCUCUCUUAUGUGCUCACACAUGCGUACAGAUCUUUUGCUGGUGAUCUCAGACGAGCACGCAGGCGGGACAGCAGCUCUGCAGCCAGUUACUGAGCAACAAAUCCAACCUGGCCUCACAAACAAGAAUUUAGCUGCUGUAAAAGGUGAUUCACCAGCACACUGGCUCAACCGCCUGCUCUCCCAGCCCGCCUUGCACUGCUAUUCAUGAAGAAACUUCUGGUCAUCUUGGCUGUGUGUUCAGUGGUCGGCACUGCGACUACAGAGAGGUUGUCAUGUCUGAAACGUGCGGCAUUUUCUUCUACAAACUUUGAGAACAUCCUAACUUGGGAAACUGAAGCAGAUAUCCCUCCUGGCACUGUAUUUGAUGUCCAGUAUAAACAGUAUGGAGAGAAAGCCUGGCUUAACAAGCAGGAGUGCCAAAGCAUCACACAGCUCUUCUGCAAUCUCACUCGUGAAACAGAGAACUUCACAGAGCAUUACUACGCCAGGGUGAGGGCUACUGGCCACCGCUGCUCCUCCAACUGGGUGCGCUCAGAGAGAUUUGAACCCAAAAAAGAAACUAUUAUUGGAGCACCAGAAGUGGAGUGUAUUCCUCAUGUACGGUCCGUAAAGUUUCUUAUACACCCCCCUUAUACGCCACUGAGAGGUGAGGAUGGCCACCAGCUAACCAUAGAGGACAUUUAUAGCAAGUUCGGUGCUGUUGAUUAUCACGUAACAAUAUUCAACCUAAGGACACAUCAAAAGUGGAUAAAGAAUGAGCAUAACAAAGAAUUUGAAGUUUCCAAUCUGGACCCAGACACAGAGUAUAAUGGAACAGUGCAUCUGUAUCUCCUUGAGAGAAGCAGCAAAUCUCAAGUAUUUUGGGUUAAAACACUACCAGAUAACACAUGGCUCUUCUACUGUUUCGUGACUCUUGGAUUCUGUGCUGGGCUGGUGUUUGCUGCUAUUGGUUAUGUGAUCUAUAAGUACGUCAAACAACACAGUGCACAGCCCAUGUCUUUGGACUUCAGAGGGAUCUCAUCGUUCCAGCCUCUAACUCUGACAGUGGAACAUGUUAUAAAGCCUAUAAAUUUAUCCAAACCUUCACUUCUCAUCCCCGAAGCACAGUUCCCACAGGUAGGCCAAUGUUUGGACAAAGCACUGGAGCCGCCACAACCAUUCCAUCCAUCACUGUGUACCUACCAGCAGCAAGCCAACCUAUCGGUGUUCCAGGGCGCCCAUCUGCUGUGCCCAGUGAGUGCAGCUCCUACUGGAUAUGCUCCUCAAACCUCUGAGCAAAGCACUGCCAACCUCCCCAUGACCUAUGGUGUGUGUGUUGAUGGCAUAGACCAUGGCAACAAGAAUAACUUCCGUAUGAACCAGUUGCUAAAGGAAGUUUUGUCAGAUAGCUCUGCUGGUGGGAAGCUUGUCAGUCAUACACUGGGUGAAAGCUGCAGCCCUUGGAAUUACAAAGAGCAGCGGCCAAAUGUGGCACUGUGGGAUAGCAGUGCCAUGAGAGACUCAGAUCUUGUACGUGGGAGCCCUCAGCAAAUACAGAAACUGUUGUUGCAGACUGAUGGGGUUGAAAGCGAAGAGCAUCUGCUACAGCUGCUGCUGCCUUCAGUGGAGCAAGGAGGAUGCUACAGACAACAGACAGCAGAACUGCCACUGUUACUGUCUUCAGUGACAGUUAACACAGACUGUGUUCCAGAGGAUGAAUCUCUGUCACGGCCAUCAGCAGCCCACCUCCUCACAGUCAGCACUGGUAACAACUUCCCUGGAGAGAACACAGAGUGGUGGGUGUCACCAGAUUCAGUGUCACAUUCUGAAAAUAAAAUGCAGUUUCAGGAAAUUUGGGAAGCAGAGAAGCUACUGGAAGCACAGGAGUUAAACUGCAUGAAACUGGACCGUGUCAUGUCCCAGGACACCAUCUCGGUGUACAGCAGUGGCAUUUCUCUCACUACACUGUUCAAAGACCUGAACUUAAAAGUACUGUGGGAUCAAGCAGAUGAAAACACAGAAUUUUAUUAAGGAGAGUUAAUGAUGUUAAAAUCCAGGUUCUAUUUGUUUGUAUGAAAUAGAAGUGUGUCCUGCAAACAGCACAUGCA